CCCCUCCCGGUUUCCUCACUCGACCGGUCAGGUCUCAUCGCGUAGUUCCGGAGGCGGAUGGCCCCGCCUCCCUGCUCUCUCAUUGGUGCGGCUUAGACUGGCUGCGCAGGCAUUGGCUGGGCGGGCGCACACCCUUCCCCCCACCCCUAGAUCUGAUGGGGGCGGUAGUGCUGACUCUGGAGGGGUGGCCGGGAGGACGCGGCGUGCGCGCAGGUUGUGGGGUUCCGGAUGACCCUAGAGGGGCGGACACUCAGGUCCAGACGAAAUACUAGGUGGGAUCUGGAAACAAACCAGGGCCAUGCCUGAGAUAGAGACCCAGACCCGGGCCUGCGUUGCGGCCCUGGAGUAAGGGUACACACACCAGGGACAGAGGGAGAACCUGUGGAUGGAGGCCCAAAUCUGGAGUCCCGGGAGGCCGAGACCCAACCCAGAAUGGAGCAUGUACAGCACUCUGUGCUGGUAUCUGAUUUGAGGGAGGUUUGAGGGCGGGGUAGAUAACCUGGGCUUUAAGAGAGCGGCCCAGGGCAGCGAGCAGACAGAAGUAGAUCCCAAGAGACAGUGUCCAUGGGGGCGUGUCCCAGGUGACGGGGUAAGAUUGCCCAGAGGUGAGCAGUUAAGUGGUUGGACCUUCUGCACAGCAGAAGGGGCUCAGCCCUGGCUCCCACCCUCUUCUCGAAGAGAAGGCGGCUGACCAGCCAGAGGCUGGACCAGAAGCUGACCACAAGCCAGGGGUCUAGAAGUGCUUGGGACAGGGCUGAAGUCAUGGCCCCACCACCAGCACUGCCACUGGCUUCCAGUACUCCAAUCCUGCACGGCGAGUUUGGUUCCUACCCAGCCCAUGGCCCCCGGUUUGCUCUCACCCUUACAGUGCAAGCCCUGCACAUACAGCGGCUGCGCCCAAAGCCAGAAGCCCGGCCCCGUAAUGGCCUAGUCCCUCUGUCAGAGGUCUCAGGCUGUGGCACUCUGCAGAGCCGCAGCCCCUCAGACACUGCAGCCUACUUCUGUGUCUACACCUACCCACGGUGCCGGCGCGGGGGCCGAUGCAGAGCUAUUCGGACCUUCCGGGCUGAUGGCGCGGCCACUUACGAGGAGAACCGUGCAGAGGCCCAGCGCUGGGCUACUGCCCUCAUGUGUCUCCUUCGAGGAGUACCUCUGUCUGGGGAGCAGGAAAUUACCCCUGAACUGCUGCCCCGGAGGCCAAGGCUGCUUAUAUUGGUUAAUCCUUUUGGGGGGCGGGGCCUGGCCUGGCAGCGCUGUAUGGACCACGUGGUGCCCAUGAUCUCCGAGGCUGGACUGUCCUUUAACCUCAUACAGACAGAACGACAGAACCAUGCCCGUGAGCUGGUCCAGGGGUUGAGCCUCAGUGAGUGGGAAGGCAUCGUCACUGUUUCUGGAGAUGGGUUGCUUUAUGAGGUGCUGAACGGGCUCCUUGAUCGUCCAGACUGGAAAGAUGCCGUUCGGAUGCCCAUUGGGGUCCUCCCCUGCGGUUCCGGCAAUGCCCUAGCUGGGGCGGUUAACCACCAUGGCGGGUUUGAGCCUGCUGUCGGUGUUGACCUGCUGCUCAACUGCUCGCUGCUUCUCUGCCGCGGUGGCAGCAAGCCUCUGGACCUGCUCUCCGUCACGCUAGCCUCAGGAUCCCGCUGUUUUUCCUUCCUGUCAGUGGCCUGGGGAUUCUUGUCAGAUGUGGACAUUCACAGCGAGCGUUUCAGGGCCCUGGGUAGUGCUCGAUUCACACUGGGUGCAGUGCUAGGCCUGGCCACAUUGCAUACCUACCGUGGACGCCUCUCCUACCUCCCCGCUACCACAGAGCCAGCUUUGCCCAUCCCAGGCCAUAGCCUGCCUCGAGCCAAGUCAGAACUAGUCUUAGCCCCAGCCCCAGCUCCAGCUGCCACCCACUCGCCCCUACAUCGUUCAGUGUCAGACCUGCCCCUGCCCCUGCCCCAACCUGCCUUGGCCUCCCCUGGCUCUCCUGAACCUCUACCUGGUCUUUCCCUCAAUGGUGGUGGUCCAGAACUGACUGGAGACUGGGGGGGAGCUGGAGACGCACCUCUGUCCCCAGACCCACUGCUUCCUUCACCCCCCAAUUCUCCCAAAACAGCUCAGCUUUCACCCAUCAGUGAAGCGCCCCCAGAAAUGCCAGCAUCCUCGGGGUCCCCGCCUCCCACCUCCAAUACUCCAAAAGUCUCCACCUGGGGCCCAUCUGACCACCUGCUCCCUCCCCUGGGCUCUCCACUGCCCCCAGACUGGGUGACAAUAGAGGGCGAGUUUGUGCUCAUGUUGGCCAUCUUGCCCAGCCACCUCGGUGCAGACCUGGUGGCCGCCCCACAUGCUCGAUUUGAUGACGGCGUGGUGCACCUGUGCUGGGUGCGCAGCGGCAUUUCACGAGCUGCACUACUGCGUAUUUUGCUGGCCAUGGAGCACGGGAACCACUUCAGCCUGGGCUGCCCGCACCUGAGCUAUGCUGCAGCACGAGCUUUCCGCCUCGAGCCACUCACGCCUCGUGGCGUGCUCACUGUGGAUGGGGAGCUAGUGGAGUACGGGCCAAUGCAGGCGCAGGUGCAUCCCAGUCUCGCCACGCUGCUCACUGGGCCUGCGGGUCAAAAGCCGUAAACUUAAAGGAGCCUGAAAAAAAAAGGUGGUGGGACCACAGUACCAUAGGAUAUGGCCUGGCUUUUAUAGGUAGAAGGGAUACCAGGAUUCACAGUAGCAGGGGUAGAUACUGGUCCUGACCCUCAAUUCCCAGAGGACCUAGCGGCUGAGGGUGGGGCCUGCCUUCUUUGCUGUCCAAUGGUGGGGCCUGGAAUGUAUGAGCUAGCAAGGCCUCAGCUCAUUGGCCAGCCAGGGUUUCUUGCCUACUCGGUGCCUCCGUUUGACGGGCCAAUCAGCCCGUAAGGGGCAGGUCCCCCCCCCCCCCAGGAUUUGCACUAAUGGUCCACCCCUUGCCGGUUGGGGUGGGAAAUUCACUUCUCAUGUUGUAUGUCUUGUGUGUCCCUGGUCUAAAAAGCAAUUGAAAAGGUCUAUGCAAUAAAAGCGUCGCUCUCUUCCUCGCCCUUCCA